AUGUGUCUGCUACCGGGAUUCGUAGAUGCUCAUACACAUCCCGUUUGGGCAGGAGACAGAGUUCAUGAAUUUGCCAUGAAGCUUGCGGGAGCAACUUAUAUGGAGGUACAUAAAGCAGGUGGUGGAAUUCAUUUUACGGUCGAACAUACCAGAAAAGCCUCUGAGGAAGAAUUGUUUGAGAGCUUAAAGAAACGGCUUUGGAGCAUGAUACAUUCCGGUACCACAUUGGUAGAAUGUAAAUCUGGUUAUGGCCUUGACGCUGAGACUGAAAUCAAAAUGCUAAGUGUUAUAGAAAGAGCAAGAAAAGAGAUUCCAAUCGAUAUUUCUUGUACGUUCUGUGGGGCACAUGCUGUACCCAAAGGAAAGACAAGUGAAGAAGCAAAAAAUGAUGUCAUCAAUAAUCAGCUCGUGCAAAUAAAGAAUUUGAUGCAACAAGGAAAGUUGCAUGUUGACAAUAUAGAUGUAUUUUGUGAGCAAGGUGUAUUUAAUGUCUCCCAAUCACAGGAAAUUCUAGAAGCAGGCCAAAAAUGUGGAUUAGAAAUCAAUUUCCAUGCCGAUGAACUCCACCCACUGAAUGGGGCUGAGAUGGGUGCUGAGCUUGGAGCACUGGCCAUGAGUCACUUGGAGGAAAUUUCCGAAGCUGGAAUGGAGGCAAUGAGUAAAAGUGGAUCAGUUGGUGUUAUUCUACCAACUACAGCUUAUAUUUUAAGACUGAAGCCACCUAAUGUACAGAGAAUGAUAGAAAUUGGAAUGGCAGUGGCUUUAGGGUCUGACUUCAACCCUAAUGCAUACUGUAUGUCAAUGCCUUUAGUGAUGCAUUUAGCCUGUGUAAAUUUGCAUAUGAGUCUACCCCAAGCUCUUGUGGCUUCUACUCUGAAUGCUGCUAAGGCCCUUGGAAAAUCUGACACACAUGGUUCCCUUUCUCCAGGGAAAGUGGCAAACAUGGUCCUGAUUGAGGCACCGAGGUGGGAACAUUUGAUCUACCAAAUGGGCUGCCAUAAUGAUUUGAUCCGCUAUGUGAUUGUCCAUGGUGAAGUUAUAUUGCAGAAAGGAAACUGA